AUGAAUAGAUUUUUACGUAUCCUUGAUGAUGAACACCCUAUUCCUUCAUUUAAUAAUAAUAGUAAUCGUGAAGUUAAAUUUUAUCAAUCGAGAUCAACUCUUAAUAAUGAACUCUAUGAAUUAUGGCAAUGUAAUCAAACAAGUGAAUUUAUUCAAAAAACUAAAUAUAAAUUAGUUAAUAAUCUUCAAGAAUUAUUUCGAGAUAUAUUUCCAUAUAUUGGUCUAUAUAUCAUCGGAUCAACAGUUAAUGGAUUUGGUCAAUGUAAUAGUGAACUUGAUAUUUGUUUAAUGAUAUCACAUGAUAAAUUAAGUGAAUACGAAUCAAGUUAUAUCUUACAAAAAAUUCGUGAUAUAUUUCAACAUGGAGAAUAUUUUCGACAUGUAAAAUUAAUCAAACGAACAUUUUCAAUACUUAUAUUAUUUGAUUUAUUAACGUCAAUUACAUGUAAUAUAUAUUUAAAUGAAGCUGUUACCAUACGAAAUACAUUUCUAAUGAGAUUUUAUUCUGAAUGUGAUCAUCGAUUACCAAUACUUAUUAAUACAAUCAAAUAUUGGGCAUCAAAAAUUAAUCUUAAACAACGAAUACAUAAUAGUUUUAAUGGAUAUUGUCUUACAUUAAUGUGUAUUUACUAUUUACAAAUAGCAGUUUCACCUUCACCAAUUGUACCUCGUUUUAAUGAAUUAUUAUCAAUUAAUAAAUUUGAUAAGAAUAUUGAUAUUCGUAAAUUAAAUUUAUAUAAUACAAUUGAUCUAGCAAAAAUAUGGAUUUCAACAAAUGUUACUGUUGAAGUUGCAGAUUUAUUUAUUGGUUUUCUUAAAUUUUAUGCAAUUGAUUUUGACUUUCCAAAUUAUGUUAUAAGUAUACGAACGGGAAGAAAAAUGAAUAAACGAGAAUUAAACAAUGAAAUUGAUCGAAUCAAUCGAUAUGUUGUUAUUGAAGCAAUAUUUAGUCAAUAG